AUGGAUGUCAAACCUUCAAAAGAGAAUGACAAGGAUUCGGCUCAACCGCUCACUGCGGUUUUUCGUGUUGAGGGGACUGCGGCAACUUCAAAACCUAAGAAGCCUGUAACAACUGGUGGAACUCAAGAAGAUAUCAUGAUCGAAACACUGUCUGCUGAAAAUGCUUCAACAUAUCAAGCCUCAGAUUGUGUAGCAGCCCUCAGAAGUGAUGCUGAAGCUGGGUUAUCGACAGCUGAAGCUACACGUCGACGCCAAUUUCAUGGGUACAAUGAGUUCGAUGUUGCAGAGCAAGAAUCAGUUUGCAGUAAAUAUUUAGAACAAUUUAAAAAUCCUUUGAUUUUGUUGUUAUUGGGAAGUGCUGUUGUUUCGCUUUUGAUGAGACAGUUCGAUGAUGCUAUCAGCAUCACGAUUGCCGUCGUCAUUGUGGUUACUGUUGGCUUUGUGCAGGAGUAUAGAUCUGAAAAAACCCUCGAGCAGCUUAACAAGCUUGUACCUCCAGCUUGUAAUGUUGUACGUGAUGGACGAGAACAUAAUAUGCUUGCUCGUGAGCUUGUUCCUGGUGAUAUCAUUGUGCUGAACACUGGAGAUAGAGUUCCAGCUGAUUUACGGUUGAUAGAAGCUCAUUCCAUGGCUAUUGACGAAAGUUCUUUCACAGGAGAAACGGAGCCUAAACAUAAGGAAGCUGCCCCAGUUAGUAUGAGACAAGACGUCAAUGUAGAAAAUAUGAUUAACAUUGCUUUUAUGGGUACUUUGGUUCGUAAUGGACGAGGAAAGGGAAUCGUUACUUCUACCGCAGCAAGUUCUCAAUUCGGAGCAAUCUUCAAACUUGUGCAAGAGGAAGAGUCACCAAAAACUCCGUUACAGAAGAGUAUGGACAUGCUGGGAAAACAGUUGUCCAUGUAUUCUUUCGGUGUAAUUGGUGGAAUCUUCGUUAUUGGGCUAAUUCAAGGAAGAAAUGUUCUGGAUAUGUUCAACAUCGGUGUGAGUCUUGCUGUUGCGGCCAUUCCGGAGGGAUUGCCCAUUGUUGUUGCUGUGACACUCGCCAUUGGAGUCAUGAGAAUGGCUACACGUAGAGCUGUCAUCAAGAAAAUGCCAGCCGUAGAAACUCUAGGUUGUGUCACUGUUAUAUGUAGUGAUAAAACUGGAACACUAACGAAGAAUGAAAUGACAGCUACUUGUGUUGUCACCCCCGAAGGAAGAAAAGCUGAAGUUACUGGACUUGGUUAUUCUACGGAAGGAUCGUGUACUUACAACGGAAACAUUGUGAUGGGAUAUAACUUCCAAGAGAUUGCCAGCAUUAUUGAAGUUGGUUCUGUUUGUAACAAUUCACGUUUGAUAGGAGAAACUGUGAUUGGUCAGCCGACAGAGGGUGCUUUAGUUGUUCUCGCCAAGAAGACUGGUCUGGAUGGUUGCAGCGAUAAUUAUGAGAGAGUUCGUGAAAUUCCUUUCAGCCACGAAUCCAAAUGGAUGGCUGUUCAAUGCGUUAAUAACGGACAUACAAUAUUCUUCGUGAAAGGAGCUCUUGACUGCGUCAUGGAUCUUUGUGAUUCGUAUAGAUCGAGUGAUGGCAGUAGGAAAGCCCUCGAUGGAUAUGUCAGACAACGCAUUCUCGAUGGGGCCCGUGGUUUGGCUUCCACUGGAUUACGAGUUCUCGGAAUGGCUAGGGGAGGUAACAUGCAAUCACUCCAACUCGAAGGAAUGGUUGGCAUGAUGGAUCCACCAAGACCUGGGGCAACCGAAGCUAUUGCAACAGUGAAAUCUAGUGGGGUUGAUGUGAAAUUAAUAACCGGGGAUGCACAAGAAACUGCCAUGAGUAUAGGAGCUAUGCUAGGAGUAUACAGACCUACAGAUAGUUGUUUAUCCGGAACUCAGAUCGAUUCCAUGUCUGAUCCAGAUUUAGAAUUAGUUAUUCGUCAAGUUUCCAUAAUUUAUCGAGCUACGCCUAGGCACAAACUCAAAAUAGUCAAAGCUUUGCAAAGCGUUGGCGAAAUCGUGGCUAUGACUGGUGACGGAGUAAACGAUGCAGCAGCUUUGAAAACUGCCGAUAUCGGUGUGGCUAUGGGACUUGGAGGAACGGAUGUUUGCAAAGAAGCUGCUGAUAUGAUACUCUGUGAUGAUGAUUUUACAACCAUGACAUCAGCUAUUGAAGAAGGAAAAGCAAUUUAUCACAAUAUCACGAACUUUGUUCGUUUCCAACUGAGCACAAGCGUUGCUGCUUUAUCAUUAAUAGCCGCGUCAACACUUUUCCACUUUGAAAAUCCUCUAAAUGCAAUGCAAAUACUGUGGAUUAAUAUUUUAAUGGAUGGGCCGCCUGCUCAAAGUCUUGGAGUUGAACCAGUGGACGAUGACAUCAUUCGUUUACCACCUCGUAACGUUAAGCAAUCAAUGUUGACUAGGAAACUAAUAACACAUAUUCUUUGUUCCGCCACCAUAAUUGUCUCAACGACGUUAUUCAUUUACUACAAAGAGAUGUCGGCAGAUAAUAAAAUCACGCCACGUGAUACAACAAUGACUUUUACCUGCUUCGUUAUGUUUGGAAUGUGGAAUGCAUUGAGUUGUAGGAGUUCACGAAAGCUUAUAUGGGAAUUAGGUUUAUUCCGGAAUAAAAUGUUCUGUUUGGCAAUCGGAGGAUCACUGAUCGGCCAACUGUUGGUUAUAUAUUGGGCUCCUCUCCAAAAUGUGUUCCAAACAGAGGCCUUGUCACUUUUCGAUCUCUUGUUCCUUGCUUCGUUGACCUCAACUGUAUUUAUCUUUAACGAAACAAGGAAGUACAUUGAACUACGUUCGAAUAUGAGCGACAAAAAAGGGAUUGACAUUCUAUAA